AUGACGACCUGCACGCACACUGCCACCUCCCCAGCCCCCUCAGAAACCCACGAGGAGCCUACUGUAGGCGCUGCCUCCGGUGCACAGUUCGACGGUGUUGACUCCGAGCGCGCCCGUAAGCGACGGCGACACUCUUCAUAUGACCCGCGAUCAUGGAGCAUGGAGCGCGAAAAUGCCCAGCAGAUGGUCGAUCGUUUCCUGCAAGAUCUGGGCAAGAGACUAGAGAUGGUUGAGACGUACGGACACCUGAAGUUUGAUGAGGGAAUUAAAAGUAUACACGAGACGCUACGGGCCGUAAACGAACGAUGCAGCAAAGUCAGUGAGGAGGUCGUGGAUGCUGGGAGGAGGAGACGGAAGGUCUUCGUUGAGACACUAGAGGCACAUUACCGGGAUGUCAUGAACAAGAGGGAUACAAUCGAGCAGAAAUAUCACGAUGGCGUGAAAAUGCUGGAGCUGAAUCUGGCCGCUCUGGAACAGAAGGCCUACAGCAUACAGAAGGCUGGCUUGGCGGCUACUGCGCACGAGAUGCUGGAUUCUGGAAUGGCAUACGUGGACCGUACUUCGAGCCGCGCUGCCGAGAUGGUACACGAAGGUGCAGACGCGGCGCGUCGAGCCAAGGAGCGGAUGAAAUUGAAGAUUGAAGUCGCCAUCGCCCACGCCCGAAAGCAUGGCGUGAUAACGUACGAGAUGCUGCCGGAACCGUGGCGAGUGAAUCCGCACAUCCUAACAGGCUACCGCUUCUCCGAGACUAAACUGGACUGCAUUCGGGGUUGCUUUGCACUUUCGAACGAGUUCGUAAACAUCUGGUCUCAUGCCAUUGGUCUUGUUAUCGUUCUAGCUCUCGCCUUCUACGUCUACCCGCAGACCGAUGCCUUCACGUCCGCAACAUACUUCGAUAUCUUUAUUGCCGGUUGCUUCUUCUUCGCCGCCUGCAAGUGUCUUGUCUGCAGUACGAUGUGGCACGCCAUGAGCUCCAUCUCGGAUCAGACGCUCAUGGAGCGAUUUGCUUGCGUGGACUACACUGGCAUUUCGCUUCUUGUUGCUGCGAGCAUUAUGACCACAGAGUACACUGCUUUCUACUGCGAACCUUACUCCCGCUGGUCUUACAUGAUUGCCACCUUCGUGCUUGGUACAGCUGGCACGAUUCUGCCCUGGCAUCCGGCCUUCAACAGAGCAGACAUGUCCUGGGCUCGCGUGGGAUUCUAUGUCACGCUGGCGACUACAGGUUUCUUUCCCGUCCUCCAGCUCACCUACGAGCGCGGUUGGGAAGCCACCUCAUACUUUUACGCGCCUAUCGUGAAGUCUGUCCUUGUCUACUUGAGCGGAGCGGUACUCUACGCUGCCAAAAUCCCCGAACGAUUCCUGCCAGGUUGGUUCGAUUACGCCGGUGGCAGCCAUAACAUUUGGCAUAUUGCUGUUCUCGGCGGGAUUCUAUUUCAUUACACUGCCAUGCAGAGCUUCUUUGGAGAGGCGUUCCGCAGGGCUGAUUAUGGAUGCAGUCGGUAUUAG